AUGGGGACUAGCUGGUCACAAGAUGAGGCCAAUAACUCACAGUCGCAGCCAAGUGAACAACCAAGUAAUAACAAGGCAGUGGAGCAAGCAACGGAAGCAAAGGCUGCUCCUAGUGGCUCUAAACCCAUGGCAGUGGAGAAAACAGCUCCUGACCAUCAGGCUAAGCUCUCAGCUAACAACAGCAACCAUGAAAUCACAGUUGUGAAAGAAGUUAAGGAAAUGGAGAAAAAGACAGCAACACAACAAGUUAAACAGCAGCUUCCACACAACUAUGAAGCUAUUGUGGGACAUGCUGACUCAACCAUCAACAAAUCCUCAGUGGAAAACCUCCUUGAACAGCUCCAUGCUGGAAUAACCUUAAACCAAAAGAGAAAGAGGUACUGGGUUGACAAGAAGUCCAACAACUGCUUUAUGGUGUAUGCGAGGGAUCUCUUGAUCACUUGGGCUGAAGACAAUCGUUACUGGCUCUGGCCCUCCCUGCAAGAAACCAGUGGUGUCGUCAUUGAUGCUGCUGAACUGAUUAAUGUAUGUUGGCUAGAAGUGCAUGGAAAAUUUGAGACCUCAAAGCUGUCACCAGGAACUCUGUACGAAGUUGUGUUUGUGGUCAAGCUGAAAGCUUCAGGUUAUGGAUGGGAUGUUCCAGUGAAUGUCAGACUCACUCUUCCAGAUGAUAGCAUACAAUGGCAUAAAGUUAAUCUGAUGGAAAUUCCGAGAGAGCAAUGGAUAGAGAUUUCAGUUGGCGAGUUUAGAGCAUCACCCGAAAAACCUGGGGACAUGGAGUUUUCGAUGUAUGAAUAUGAUGGUGGGAAAUGGAAGAGAGGACUUGUUAUCAAGGGUGUUACCAUUCGGCCUAAAAACUAA